AGCAUACAGAGUUUGACUUGGCAUUAAUUAUGCGUUCCUAGCGGCCAUGUUGUUAGCCAGUGCGCUAAAGAGAGACCCUAUCCCCCCCGAACAUUAUAAAUAUCCAUAUAUUCCACAUUUUCACUUUAUUUAAACAAUCGCUCCCACUUCUAUACUCUUCUAAAGGAUAAGAACUAACAAAAUCUGGUUUUGAGAAAAAAAUUGAGCAACGUUUUUGUCAAAAAUACGAUUUCUCCAGAUAGUUCUGUCUCGGCUGUUUAUAUUCAAGCCGCCGCCAUAUGCAUGAUUUCCCGGGGGGAGAAGGUCUCUCUUGAGCGCACUGGCUAAGCCAAGGGGUACGCAAAAUUAACGGCAGUCAAACCUCUGUAUGCUCUGUGCUUCUGGCCUGUGCUCGAGGUGGCGUGAUAUCCGAGGAACUUCAUGUAGGAAAAAUUGUGUAACACCUCGAACCCUCGAUUAGAAACGCAAAUAAAUUUGUAAGUUGAUAGGUAAAAUUUUCAUAUUCACGGCAUUAAUGGCGUUAAACCAAACCUAUCGGUUCAUAACUCGAGGAUUUUGCAAGAAUAUUCUACACCGCAACAAUACAAGUUUUUAUACACAAAUGCAACGCCACACGCGAUAUUUAUCAGCGAUGAGUGAACAAUUCAACCAAGCCAAGGAGAAAGUCCCCACGUUAACUAAGGAUCCUGGCAAUGAAGUUAAACUGAAAAUGUAUGCACUUUUUAAACAGGGAUCUGUUGGAGCGUGCAAUGCUCCAAAACCUGGUGCUCUCGAUUUUGUUGGAAAAGCAAAAUGGAAUGCAUGGAAUGAUCUUGGUAACCUUUCUCAGGAGGAUGCUCAAAAGCAAUAUAUAGCACUUGUGGAAUCUUUGUUAGCACAAGAGCCAUCAUCUAGUAACAAAGCAGAGAAGGCAAACGAAGCAGAAUCUGGUGAUUUUGAACACAUAUUAGUUACACAAGAUGGUGGACUUACAACAAUUACGCUAAACAGACCCACCAAAUAUAAUGCUUUAAACCCCAAGAUGUAUCUGGAAAUAAUUCAAGCGCUAAAACAAGCUGGUGAAGACAACUCUGUUGUGACGUUAAUUACCGGUGCUGGGCAAUAUUUUUGCAGUGGAAACGAUCUUACUAACUUUUUAAAUAUCCCACCAGAGGGGCCAGAAAAAAUGGCCGCUGAUGGAAGAGAGUUGUUGAGGGAAUUUGUUAAGACAUUUAUUGACUUCCCAAAACCAAUUGUGGCUGCAGUCAAUGGUCCUGCUGUUGGAAUAUCUGUCACGUUACUGGGAUUACUAGAUAUGGUGUAUGCCUCAGAUAAAGCUACAUUUCACACACCAUUCAUGACACUUGGGCAAAGUCCUGAGGCCUGCUCAUCCUAUCUCUUUCCGAAAAUUAUGGGGCAGGCGAAGGCUCACGAAGUCUUGCUGGCAGGAAAAAAGCUGAAUGCUGUUGAAGCUUGCAACUACGGUUUGGUUACAGAAGUCAUUCCUCAAGCAGAAUUCGAGAGAGAAGUGAAUAAAAAAAUGAAAUAUAUGGCUGGGUUGCCUCCACAGUCUCUAGCCUUAUCCAAACAACUCUGUCGCUCCGCUGAGAAAGAUAAACUCCACGAUGUGAAUAAUAAAGAAUGUGAACUUCUUGCUAAAAGAUGGCUCUCUGAUGAAUGCGCCAAAGCCGUCAUGGCGUUUAUGCAAAGAAAGGCGAAAAUGUGAACCGAGAUCCCAUCAAUAUGUUAAGACUGUGAAGAACUAUGUUGAGAUGUUGAAUCUCGCAAGAAUUAUCGAUUGAUGUUAUUAUAUGAACUAGGUUUAUUCAA